UUUUUCAGGGGCAUGAUGGGAAGGAGCACAGCCCUUAGACAUGACUCACUGCCAAGCACAGAAGGUCUCAAUUACAGGAGAGGGAAAAGAAAACAGCACAGACACAGUUCAUUGCCCCGGGACACAACGCUGGUGUCAGAUAAAACUCAGAGAGAACAUCCCCGCCACCUCACAGCUUCUUCACCUGCAGAACAGACCAGAGCAGCUGCAGGACUGAACCCAGACAUGAGGCUCUAUUUCUGGGCUGGAGCUCGCUGUCUCCUGCCCGUCCUGGUUCUUCUGAUGGUCCCGCAUGUCACAGCAGCUCAGGGCAAAGAGAGACACUAUUACAUCGCUGCUGUAGAGAUAGACUGGAACUACAAUGGAAAUCAAUCAAACUGGUUUAGUCCCACCUAUAAGAAAGUGGUCUUUCGGGAGUAUGACAAAGACUUCAGGCAGGCUAAGACUCAUCCAUCCUGGUUGGGUCUUCUCGGACCCACGCUGAGGGCCGAGGAGAACGACACGAUUGUCGUCACUUUCAGAAACAUGGCGACCGGAGCAUACAGCAUCCACCCACACGGCGUGGCUUACGGGAAGCAGUCUGAGGGCGCCAACUACUUCGACAACACAUCGCAGAAAGAGAAAGAGGACGACAUGGUUCGACCAAACGGCGAGCACGUUUAUUACUGGGAGGUGACUCCAGCUGUUUCUCCACAGCAGCACGACCCCGCCUGCCUCACCUACACCUACAUCUCCCACCAGAACGUGGUCGAGGACUACAACUCUGGCCUCAUCGGCACUCUGCUUAUCUGCAAGCCUGGCAGCCUGGAUGAUUCGGGGAAGCAGGUCGGCUUCCACCAGGAGUUUGUCUUCCUGUUUGGAGUUUUUGAUGAGAAGCAGAGCAAGUACAAACCGAACGGAUACGAUCCAGGCAACCAUGUGAAAUACACCAUCAACGGAUACACAACAGGGUCGCUGCCCGAUGUGAGCGUCUGUGCCCACUCCUCCGUCAGCCUCCACCUGGUCGGUAUGAGCUCAGAGCCGGAGGUGUUCUCGGUCCACCUGAACGGUCAGGUGCUGCAGCAGACGGGCCAUAAAGUGUCAUCAGUUGGUCUGAUCAGCGGCUCGUCGACCACCGCCUCCAUGGUGGCUCUGCACACCGGCCGCUGGCUGCUGUCCUCACACAUCACCAAACACAUGGAGGCUGGCAUGCACGCUUUUGUGGACGUGAAGAAGUGCGACGCCUUUAAAGAGCCCCUGAGAAGGAUGACCAUCGCACAAAGACGAGAAAGCAUGGAGUGGAAAUACUACAUAGCUGCUGAGGAGGUGGUCUGGGACUACACACCAAACACGCAUGAGCACAUCGACGAUGACUUCAAGCAUAUGUACCUGAAACAGUCGGCGACACGAAUAGGCGGCAAGUACAAGAAGGCCGUUUACACUCAGUACACGAAUGAGUCGUUCACUGAGAAGGUGAUGGACAAGCAGAGGAAGAACGAGCUGGGAAUCCUGGGACCGGUGAUCCGAGCACAAAUCAGAGACGUUAUCAAGAUUGUGUUCAAGAACAUGGCCUCCAGGCCCUACAGCAUCUACCCACACGGACUGACGGUGGAGAAAUCAGAGGAAGGAGUCAACUACCCAGAAGGAGGAAACCAAUCCCACGGCGUUCAGCCAGGUGAGACACACACCUACGUCUGGAAAGUGGUGGAGGAGGACGAACCUCUAGAUGGAGACCCUCGCUGUCUGACCCGAAUGUACCACAGUGCAGUGAACACACCACGAGACAUCGCCUCGGGUCUGAUUGGACCGAUUCUCAUCUGCAAGAGUCAGUCACUCAACCUCAGGAACGUGCAGCUGAAAGCAGACAAGGAGCAACAUGCCAUGUUUGCUGUGUUCGAUGAAAACAAGAGCUGGUACCUGGACGACAACAUCCGUCGAUAUUCUGAUCAAUCCAGAGUCAACAAGGCAGAUCCAAACUUCUAUAAGUCCAACGUCAUGCACACGAUCAACGGCUACAUGUUUGAAAGCGGCCCACUGUUGGGUUUCUGUAACGGUGAAGUUGCAACGUGGCACAUGUCCAGCAUCGGAGCUCAGGACUACAUCCAGACCGCCACCUUCUACGGUCAUCCAUUCGAGCUGAACAAGAGGACGGAGGACUUCCUCAGCCUCUACCCAAUGACCGGAGAGACCAUCUCCAUGAACAUGCUCAACGUCGGCGUUUGGCUCCUCGCUUCUCUGAAUUCCCACGAGACAAACAAAGGAAUGCGCCUGAAGUUUCAGGACGUCGAGUGCUACCGUGAUCGCCAGUACGAGUAUGACUACGACGAGAUAGAAACGAACAGUGAGUUUACUGUGUGGAAUCCUCAGAGCUUGGAUGAAAUCAAAAAGAAGGAAGAGGAAAAUGCAAAACCGGUGGAGACAGAAACCCCGGCUGUGAUUGACGAGUACACUUACGGGUUUGCAGAAGAAUUAGGUCUCAGGUCUUUGAAAAACAAAUCGUCAGACUCAGACAUGGAGCAGCUGGACCUCUCCUACUUCGAUUAUGACUAUUCUGACAGAGAUACAGAUCGGACCUCGAAGGAUAAAACUGAGAAAUCUAAACCAAAGACAGAUGCACUAAAUGUAACAUUAUCUUCAAAUCGGAUCGAUGUGGGAGGUCAAAACUUUACAAAAGUUAAUUUGCUAAACCAAAGCAUUAGUGAGAACACAACAUAUGUACAGAACAUUAAUGGGCCAUCAGGCUUUGACAAUUCUUCCACGUAUGAGACAGAAAACACAACCAGGUUAAACAUCCACAAUAUGUCACUAAAGAAUGAAAGCAUAACUGCAAAUGGCAGUGCUUCUGUAGUCAAUAACGUCACAGUUUCAGGCACAGAAAACACAACAGUUCCCAACGCCACAGCAUCACCCGGGGUUGGAAAUGUAUCUGCAGAUGCUACCAAUCUUACCACUGAAUUGUCAGGAAAUUUAAUGCAGACCGGUGAUGACCUGACAUUUGUGGAGGUGAUUUCUGUGGAGGAUUCAGAGGAGAGAGUCACUCGGGGGGAUGUUUUCUCGUAUUCUGUGUCUUCGUCCAACAUCGACAAGACCCCAAACAGCAACACAUCUGCUGAUGCUCAAAGUCCAACAAGAGAAGAUGAGAGUAACACAACAACAACGCUGUCAGUAGAUGGAACAAACCAUUCAUUGUCUUUGCCAACACCUGAUUCUACAAAAGUUAACAUCAGCGGCACAGAUGUACAAAACCUGACCAUUGUUGGGUCGCUGGUGGAGAGCACAGGCAACAAAACCAGCAACAAUGACUCUUCAAUCACUGCAGCAAAGCCGGAUUCCUCUCAAGUUGUAACUGUUCCUGCCAAUUCCAGCCUUGAAAAUGCAACACAUAUUAUCAUCAAAAAUCUCACAGUAGAUGUAUCCAGAUCAGAUCUGUCAUGGAAGAGCAGUUCAGACAUCAGAGAGAACUUCACUUCUCUUGUGGAUAAGUUGACUCCCACACCUUCUCUGGAAGGUUUCCCCAAAGAGACAACACUUUUAGGUAACCUUUCCAUCUCCAGUGCAUCCGAGGAUCUCAUUGCCUCAGAAAACAGUGAAGAAGUGUUCAUCUACCUUCAAGAAAACCAAACACAGGUUAUCAAAAGCUCCUCUGUUAAAAUACAAGGCCACAACUGGACUUAUGAGGGAACUCACAACAUGGUGCCCAUGGAGAUUCACGACCACAUGAAGAAAUACAUUGAGAUUCCUCAAACAGAGCCACCUCCAAAAAGAAAGGUAAAGAAGGUGAACCUGCGACAGAGACCUCAGAAGGGCCAAGGUAUGAAAACAAAGAGAAGGAAGGAAUACCAGCCUCAGGCCAGGAGUGGUUUACCAUUCUCCCCUCGUGGAUUCAAUCCUAUGAUGACUCCUCGGGGGUCUCGACCGAUGGCACCACAACCAGUCUCAGACGAGGAGAAGCUGAUCAACAUGCCCGUUGUCAUCGGCGUUCCACGGCCCGAUUUCAGCGACUACGAGCUGUACAUUCCUGGGGAUGAACCGGAUCAUCUUGCGCCAGUUGAACACAAUGUAAAAGCAGAUGAAUAUGAGUAUGUGAUGUACAAAGACCCCUACAGUAGCCAUGAAGAUGUCAAGAAUUUCAACCUGGACGAGACCACCAAAUACCACUUGAAACACUCAGGCCCGAACACCAAGAUUUAUUUCAUCGCUGCAGAAGAGGUUGAAUGGGACUACGCUGGCUACGGGCAGAGGAGGCAAGACAAGUCACAUAUAGUCCGAGAGACUAAGUUCACCAAGGUGGUUUUCCGAGGCUACAUGGACAGCAGUUUCACCACGCCAGACAUCCGUGGAGAGGUAGAUGAGCAUCUGGGCAUCCUGGGGCCUGUCAUCAAUGCGGAGGUUGGACAAAGUAUCCUGGUGGUGUUCAGAAACAAAGCCAACCGUCCAUACUCUGUCCACCCUAAUGGGGUUUCGUAUACGAAGCAGACGGAGGGUCUGUCCUACGAGGAUGGAUCCAAGUACUGGUACAAAUAUGACAACGAAGUCCAGCCAAACACCACCUUCACGUACUUAUGGAAAGUCACUUCUAUGGUUGGACCAAAUCCAGGAGAGUCUGACUGUCGAACCUGGGCCUACUAUUCAGGCGUUAACCCUGAAAAAGAUAUCCAUUCUGGCUUGAUUGGACCUUUGCUGGUGUGUCGGGAAGGAACAUUGGACAAGAAGUUAAAGGACUCGAGGGAGUUUGUCCUGCUUUUUAUGACCUUUGAUGAGUCGCAGAGCUGGUACUAUGAGAAGAACUGCGAGUUGAUGCAACGGAAGACCAGAAGGAGAGUUUUGACCCCUUACCUCGGGGAGAACCUCAAGUUCCACGCCAUCAAUGGGAUUAUCUACAGCCUAAAGGGCCUGAGGAUGUACACUGACCAGCUCGUUCGCUGGCACCUCAUCAACAUGGGAUCUCCCAAAGACUUCCACAGUGUCUACUUCCACGGACAAACAUUCCUGCACAAGAAGACCACCAGCUACAGACAUGCUGUUUACCCGCUGCUGCCUGGGAGUUUUGCCACUCUGGAGAUGCAUCCGUCCAAACCUGGUCUGUGGCAGCUGGAGACAGAAGUUGGUUUCAGCCAGCAGAAGGGCAUGCAGACCCUCUUCCUGGUUCUAGAUAAUGACUGCUACCGGCCGCUGGGUCUGCAGUCAGGCAGCGUGAAGGACAAGCAGAUCACAGCGAUCAACACUAGAGGAUACUGGGAGCCACAUCUUGCCAGACUGGACAAUGGGGGUAAAUACAACGCCUGGAGCACCGACCGGGAAAACAGCUGGAUUCAGGUGGACUUCCAGCGACCCGUUGUGAUCAGCCAGGUGGCCACGCAGGGAGCCAAGCAGAUGUUUCAGUCCCAGUUUGUGAAACAGUACUCCAUCUCCUACAGCAACGACCGCAGGAAGUGGAUCUUCUACAAAGGCGACAGCAGAGACUUCAGGAAGAUAUUUGAAGGUAACACUGAAGCCUAUCAGACGACCACAAACACCUUCUUUCCUCCUGUGAUUGGGCGGUUCAUUAGGCUCCACCCCAUCACCUGGUACAGCAUGGCCACGGUCCGCAUGGAGUUCUACGGCUGUGAGCUGGAUGGCUGCUCAGUUCCUCUGGGGAUGGAGAGCGAACUAAUAGAAGACGGUAAAAUCACAGCGAGCUCCACGGCCACCAGCUGGUACUCUGGACCCUGGAAAGCUUCUCUGGCACGACUCAACAAACAGGGAACCAUCAACGCAUGGAGGGCGAAGUAUAAUGACAUGAGCCAGUGGCUGAAGGUGGAGCUGCCUCAGGUGAAGAAGAUCACUGGCAUCAUAACUCAGGGUGCCAAGUCUCUGGGCUCAGAGAUGUUCGUCACCUCCUACAUCCUGCAGUACAGCGACAACGGCAUCCACUGGACCGACUACACGGACGACGAGGACCAGCCCCACAGGAUAUUCAUAGGAAACAAAAACAACAACGACCACGUCAAGAACUACAUCUACCCUCCCAUUUUCUCUCGCUUUGUGAAAAUCAUCCCCAGAAGCUGGUCGGGCUCCAUCACCAUGAGGGUCGAGCUGCUGGGCUGCGACUUCGAGUGACGGAUUUGCAUAUUAAAUGACAACGAGGGAAGUGAAACGUGCACUUGUAGGAAGGUGUAGAUUGCAGGAGAUACGUUACAGUCGAUAUUUACAACACCUGCCGCUAAAAACAUGAACACUGACAUUAAUAAACCUGAAAUGUAUGCAGAAAGUGGUGCAGAAAAAAUCACUAGAAUGCCGGAAAUGAAGUCGUGCACAUAAAUAAAUACAUGCAAACUUAAAGUCACAUGUAGGUCCAAGCAUAAGCACAUCCACUCUCACAUAUACAGCAGUCUGUAAUGCAUAUCUAAAUACACUGAGGCAGGUAAACACACAUUUACUGCUUGGAGCAUUUGUGAAACUCAUCAUUCAGCUCAAGGAAUUCAACUGCUACAUAACUUAGGGCUCCUGCCACUGGGAAAUUCCUUUCUUAGUUGUUGUUGUUGCUAGAUUUCUAUGUUGCAAUCGAGUGGGAUGCAAAAAACGAGUAAUUUUAACCAUUGUUGUUGAUAGUUUUGUGUUUUGUUGCAUUUUUAAGUCCAUCAGAAAUAAACGUGAAUGAAUGUAAAUAUGUAAGUAGACAUCAUGUAAUUUAUUUUUGAAUAAACACGAUUUCCACUCUUUUUA